UGUUAUUAUUGUUUUUAAGUUAUAAGUAUGUCAAACUCAAUUGGCGCGUUUCUGUUGUGUUAAUAUUUCUGAUAGAAAAGCAAUUUCUAAUGUUCACAUGUUUUUAAACUUAAUCUGUAUAAAUGGAAACUCCAAAGAGUUUAAGAAAACCACGUACUACACGUAAUCCAACACCAAGAUUAUCGGAGAGAAAGAAAAGUUUAUUUUCCGAUGGCGAAAUUAAAGUGGCGGGAAAUGAUAUGUUGGAAGGAAUUGAACUACUAGAUUCUUCACAUAUAAGCGAAAAUAACAACAUAAAUACAAGGAGUAGGCGUAAUAUUGAAAAGCUUUUAGAUUCAAAUCAUAAAUCAAGUACCAUAAGUUUCCUUAACGAUGCUCUUAUUGAUACUGAAAAACCUGUGCGUACGUCACCUUUACGCAGAAGUCCUCGUACCAAAUGUGUUAAAAUUAAUUUGCAGAACAUUGCCUUAAAGAUUCCAAGUGGUAAAGAAAAUGCACCAAAUACUGAUCAAGCGGAUUGUUCUGAUGAGCAGCUGCAAAAAAUGUUUAAAUCCUCAAUGACGAUAACCUGUAAUAGUACUCCGGAAAUAAUAAAUGGGUGCCCGGUACUACGGUCCGAAGCACACAAACGCUCUCAUGAAUCAACCGAAGAAAACUUGGGAUUAAGUCCUCACAAAAAAACUCAAAAAAUUUCAUCAUAUGACGAAGUAUCUGCCACAAUUUCAACAACAAAAUUUUAUUCUACAUCCCGUCCAACAAAUCUAUGUUCGGAAGUUCAAAAAAAUAUGUCUGCCGUGAUAAAAUCACCACCACUAACUAGUAAAAAUAUUUCUCCCCGAACUCGUAGUCGGCGGAGUUUCGGACAAAUAAAUAUUAACAAAGGAGUGAAACACAAAAUUAGACGACCGGUACGAACUAUUGUAUCGGGAAAAAGUAGCGUUCGAGGUUCACUCUCUUCUGUAGAUAUUGAUACGAUAUUAAAAAAUGUACGCAACGAAAAUCUAAAGAAUCGCAUCGCCUCUAAAAGAGUGGAGCGACAAAAUAUAGAAAAGAUCCAUAAUAUUUUCCGUUCAUGUAAGAACCCAAUUGAGAUGGCUCGGCCCCUCACAGUUAUAUCAGGAAUAGAUGAUACUAACAAUAAUAUAUCUGAAUAUGUUUUGUCAACAAGUAAAAACGAUCAAGAAAUUCAAAUGGUUGAAGACAUUGAUACAGAUUUUUCAGACAUCGAUAGUAAUUUUGAUGAAUAUGAAGAAAUAUCAAAUGCAGAGGAAAUUAUUCCUUUAAUUUCGCAUGAACCAGCCACGAUAGAAGCCGCUAUUGUUGGAAACGAUUCUCUGUCCGAGACAGCUUCUGUUCCAACGAAAAAAAAGUUUUUCAAAUCAGGUCGAAGUAACAAUACGCCUAAAGAAAUUCGUAUUACAGAUAAUAUUAGAGCUUCUGUUUGCAAUGGUAAAUUAUCUUUGAUACAAGAAGAAAAGAAAAUAAAAAAGAAACCAAAAAGAAGAACGUCAACUACUUAUGAUAUAUCCGAUGAGCAAGCAACUGUUGAAGCGAUUUUAAAAAAUUUAGAUGACACGGCCUAUGGGGAUAUGGACGAAGAUUCUAAAGGCAUUGUCGCUAAUCAAUCUAUUUGUGAACAGACAGUUUUACCGAAUCAUUCAUUGCAAACUCCUGACAUGCAGCUUUCUACUGAUUUGGAUUAUUUACAGUUUCGUAGACGGCUUCCGUACAAUACGACUGAUCCAUCAGUAAUAGAACAACAACAUUUGUUACUUGAUUUUCUAAUUAAUAACAAUAUGUGCACAGAAGAAAACUUUACUAUCUUCAUAGCAGAUCCAGACAACCAUAAAGAAGAGGCUGCAAAAAUUGUUGACCAAGUAUUUGUAUUGGUAAAUGAGCAAGAAUACUUUCGUCAACGUCUGCCCUAUAAUACCAAUGACCCUGAAGUGGAAGGGCAACAACAUCGAAUGCUGGACUUUCUAAUUGAAAAUAAUAUAUGUACGGAAGAAACGUUUGAUAUUUUUAUUGCAAAUUACAAUCAGAGACGUAAAGAGGCAGAUGAAAUAAUGCAAACAUUACAGAAAACAGAAAAAGAAAAUGUCUCGUUAACCCCUUUACAAGACGUCGAUACUGACGUGAAAUUACAGAGCAAUAUUUCCGAAACUUCAAAACCUUCGGAUAAAACGGAAGGUUCUGUUCAACAACGUGAUGACGAACCUCGAUUGCCUUUACCUCGGUCUAGCGAAAGCGACAAGCGUAAGCUUUUCCCAAUAUUUUAUUCAAAUCCAUGGAAACCAUUACAACAACAAUCUAAACGAGACUUUUCACGAACUUUGAAUUUGGGCCGGGGAGCUAAUCAAUACCAAAUCGAUGCAGGACAAAGAUACUUUGGUACUCACCAAUGUAAACAAUGUGGUCUGGUUUACAGCAUUCAUGAAGCCGAGGAAGAAAAACUGCACCGGGACUAUCAUGCAUCUUUGCAUUUACUGCGAUUCAAGGGUUGGAUCGAUGAAGAUAUCGUAGCUAUCUACCCCGAAUGGGGUGCUGAUGGCCGUAUUUUGCGAAUCACAGAAUCCUCACACAAUAGACGGCAUGAACGUUUAGCUGAUGUAUUGAAAAUUGUCGAUAAGGAACUGGGAUUUGCCUCCUAUGUUAUCCCAUCAACUUUUAUUGCGUAUUUGGCUGUCCGUAAAUACCAAAUUGUUGGUCUUUGUUUAGUUGUACCCCUCGAAAAAGCUAACAAAUAUAUUAAAGUAGAUGGGAUCGACUGUUGCACUGAAGAAGAAUAUCCUGCCAAAUGCGGUAUAUCUCGUAUAUGGGUUUCCCCAUUACAUAGGCGGCUACAUAUAGCAACAAAACUAAUAAACGCGGUCCAGCAAAACACCAUAUUUGGAGAGGAAAUUCCAUUGGAUUUGAUAGCAUUCAGUGCCCCAACUGAAGCUGGACGAAAACUCGCGCAGAAAGUGACACAAACAGAUAAUUUCUUGGUGUACCAGUGAAAAUAAGCAUGGUCAAGAUAUUGGAAGAAUUUGAAUCUAUAGCUGUGGUUGUAUAAUUUAAUUGUGCAGCCUAUAUUUUUACCAUGCAUAGCAAUAUUUUGUUAAUAUGUUUGAAGCUGAGUUUUUUCCGUUAUAUAAAAAUAUUUUAGUUUCAA